AUUAUUAUUAUACAGCGGGUCUAUUUCUUCCAUGGCGUUCGAUGGAAUCAUUAGACGACCUGUCUCCCAGCUGCGGAUAACAUCCAUCUGAAGCUCGUCUUCCUCACUACCCAGCUGCGGAUAACAUCUAUCUGAAGCUUCUCUAGGGUUCUCUGGUUAUUUAAUCCCGAAUGGAUCGCCAAGCUCGUGCCCGGGUCGACCUGGAGUGUAUGCUGUUGGAUGAAACCAAAGAACCGAAGGCUCUGCCGUUAUCACUUCUUGAAAACAUCACAAACAAUUUCUCUCCGGGCCAUAAAAUUGGAAGUGGCGGAUUUGCGGUGGUCUAUAAGGGAGUCCUUGACAAUGGCACGGUCGCUGUGAAGAAGUUGUCCAACACGUAUUUGUAUGAGGAUAAGUUCUGGCAGGAGAUUGAAUGUCUGAUGAAGGCGAAGCACAAAAAUAUAGUACGGUUUCUGGGAUACUGUAGCGACACACAGGAGGAAUUCUUAAAAUAUGAAGGAAAAUCUAUCAUGGCUGGCAUUCAAGAAAGAAUACUCUGCUUUGAGUAUGUACCCAAGGGGGAUCUUUUGAAGUAUAUCUCUGAUGCAUCUAGUGGACUUGAAUGGCGUGAUCGCUACAAAAUAAUAAAAGGAAUCUGUGAGGGAUUGAAUUACCUUCACACACAAAAUAUUGUUCACCUGGAUCUUAAGCCAGCAAAUAUACUCAUGGACGAUAAAAUGGUGCCGAAAAUCACUGACUUUGGUGUAUCGAGGUGCUUCAAAGAAGACCAAACCCGGACUAUUGUUACAAUAGUUGCUGGAACCCCUGGAUAUCUGGCACCAGAAUUCACCAAUGGCGUAAUUACAUUCAAAUAUGACUUGUAUGCUCUUGGUGUUAUAAUCAUGGAGAUACUAACUGGAGCAAAAGGAUACCAUGAAGCUGGGGAAGUACUUGAAAGGUGGAGCAGUAGGCUGGAAACAUCACAGAAACUGCAAGUACGAGUAUGCACUAACAUAGCAAUAGAGUGCGCUGAUUUCAAUCCUGCAAGAAGACCAACUAGUAUACAAUAUGUAAUUGAUAGGCUUACUGAAACAGAAAGCACGGAAACGAGGGACCAACUUGACGUGUACCUUGUCGAGCUUCGCUUCCCUGUCAGAACCAACACAGAUGAACACACGGUAUUCAGGCUUAUAGAGAAGAGCACCAAGCCUUGGCGUUGCUUUGCAAGUCUCCCACUAUACGGCAUUGUGCCUUCCAGGUUCACCACAUACACUCUCGUUGUUACAACGCAACAGCAAGAGAGGCUACCAGAAGAAACGGAGUAUGAUCUGAUCCUGCAGAGCAGUCUGUCUGGAGAUAAAAAAAUCCCUACUUCGAGAGACCAAUCUAAGUAUAAAAAGUUAUUCGAUGAAGCUAAAGAGUCAGGGAGUGAAGUGCGUGAGAUGCUGAAAACUGUUUUUGCUUCGCAAGAACAGACAAUGUCCGCGCAGACAAUCUCAAGAAGAAUAAAGGAUCAACGGAUCAUAUCCCUUAAGAAUACUCAUGGUGUUCUGUGCUCCCUUGAUGCACACCCUACGGAGCCAUGCAUUAUAACAGGUCAUCAGAACGGAGAUGUUUGCAUAUGGAACUAUGACACGCAGAGGCAGAUGGAUUCAUUUAGUAUCUCGAAGGAGUCAGUCAUGCCUUCUUACGUACCAAAAAAAGUUCAUUCCGUUAAAGUUGUCUCAAGAAAGAAAUGGUUUGUGGCUGGAACAUCUGAUGGUGUGAUCCAUGUGUACAAUUAUGACAACAAAAUACAGAAACUCAGAAGCUUCAGAGCCGCCAGUGAUUGCUUCAUCACAUCAAUGGCCGUCAAUCCAACCCGUCCGUACAUAUUGUCAUCGGCUUAUCGUGAUAUGAAGCUCUGGGACUGGAGCAAGGGGUGGGAGUGCAGACAUUCAUUCGUGGAAGAACACUCCGAUACUAUACGUCAAGUUGCAUUUAACCCAAUGGACACCAGCAUUUUUGCAAGUGCUUCAGAUGAUCUCACGGUAAAGGUUUGGAGCAUUGAUUCUCCUGAAUCUAAAUAUACCUUGUCUGGGCAUCUGGACAAAGUGAACUGUUUCGAUUUCUUCACAUGUGAUGAUCGACAAUAUUUGAUUACUGGCUCUGACGACCACACUGCUAAGAUAUGGGACAUGGAGGAAAAGGCCUGUGUUCAUACAAUGGAAGCUUUCAUGUCUCCAGUAAUUUCUGUCAUUGCCUUUCCCGAUAGCCCAUAUCUGAUUACAGGUUCAAGAGAUGGCUCUGUUUAUUUCUGGAGCUCCAGUAAAUUCAGUGAAUUCUGCAAAGUUCCUAGGCUGGAGAGAAUCGUGAACUUUGGCUCUGGUGGAGCUAUUUGGGGUUUCGGACGUUUCAUGGGGUCAAGAAGGAUUGUGAUCGGACAAGAGUACACAGUGUCAAUCAUGGCCAUCGACAAUGAAGAUGAACCAUUUGCUAGUGAGGACAGCAAUGAAAACCCCAUAUAAGUGACGCACUAGGAAAUGGACAACUUUCACACAAACUGAGGUCAAUCGACGACUUUUAAGCAGAUGCACGUUUGUGCAGUGAACUCUGGUUUGUGUAUUUGAUUUGGCACUGGAUUUUAGUACUUGGCACGCAUCCUAUGUUACAUUUUGGUGAACCAUAUGUCGACGUGCAGUGUAGAUUUAUUCAGGGAUAAUUUUGCUUUUUGUUCAAGGGAGAUGCUGACUCUGCCCACUGUCGGAUAAAAGAGCACUUUCUUAUACUCCCUCCGUUCCUAAAUAUAAGUCUUUGGAGAGAUUUCACUAUGGACC